AUGCUCUGGCACCCUGGGCAAAGGGCGGAUCUCGCCCCUCGCCCGGCCCUGGCGGAGGCUCCGCACCUCAGCCCUGUCAACAGAGGGACGUCGGCAGUCAUGAGGCCGGGAUCGAAGCUGGAGAUCCCGCUGUGGCUUGCCAAAGGGCUGCAUGACAGCAAGAGGCGCAUCAUUUCCAUGGAGCUGCCCAAGAUUUACCGGGAAGCCUGGAGGACCGUGUUCAGCGCCGAUGCCAACGUGGUGGAUCUGCAUAAAAUGGGACCCUACUACUACGGGUUUGGCUCCCAGCUCCUGAACUUUGACAACCCGGAGAAUCCCGAGAUAGCUCAGACCAUCCUGCAGACGUUUGUAAGCCGUUUCCGCCGCAUCAUGGACUCCUCGCAGAACGCCUACAACGAGGACACGUCGGCGCUGGUGGCUCGCCUCGACGAGCUGGAGCGAGCUCUGUUUCGAGCUGGCCAGAAGGGGCUGAAUGACUUUCAGUGCUGGGAGAAGGGACAGGCUUCUCAAAUCACAGCCUCCAGCCUGGUCCAGAAUUACGGGAAGAGAAAGUUCACGGAUAUGGAGGGCUGAAAGCCCA